GCAGGCAAAGCAUAGCUUUGCGAUACUGAAGGAAGAUAAAUGGGACUUCUCCAACUUGCGAAUCAGACACGUCCAAAACACAGUGGAGGCCCAAAAAAUUGGACCGGGCCAAGAAUUUCUUGCACGAGUUAGAUGGCUCUCAGUCUCAGUCUCAGCCCACCGCUGUAUCCAUCCUUCCCUCCAACUCCACAGAACCAACACCGACAUCGAAGCGGCGAACCAACCGCCGCAAUCGGGCCACACCAAUCACCGCCGCAACAACAGGCAUGCCGCGGCCCCCGCCGCCGGGCCGCGGGACCCCAGGCGCAAGGCGGCCGAUCCGGGACUUCUUCGCCACCUGGCUCGCCACCCUCCGCUCACCGCUCCUCCCGCUGCUCCGCCGCGCGCUCUCCACCUCCUCCUCGUCCGGCUCCUGGGACGACCCGCUCUCCUCCGCCGCCGCGGCUGUCGAGGCUCACUUCCAGGCGCACUGGUCCGCGCUCGACGCUGCCGCACGCCAGGACCCAACGCGGGUCAUCGCCGCGGGGGACUGGCGGUCCCCGCUCGAGCUCCCCUUCCUGUGGCUUGGGGACGUCCACCCCUCCCUCCUUACCUCGCUCCUCCGCACGCUCUCGCCCUCGCCGCGACUCCUCGCUGCCGUCGACCGCGUCGACCGCCGGAUCCGCACCGCCGUCCCUGCCGUCUCCGACCGCCUCCGCCAGGCCCAGGAAGCUUUUGUGGCCGCCGAGGCAACCGGCGCCGCCGACGUGGAGGCGUUCUUGGCGGAGCUAAAGGGCGUCGCUCUCGAAGCCAACCGGCUGCGUCGGGGCGUACUCUCAGACCUCGUCGCCGCCGCUGGGGGGUACCAGGCGGCGCUGUACCUCGAGGCGCUCUCGCGCUUCGUGUUGUCCAUGCACGACCCCGAGGUGCUCCGCCGCUUCGACCAGUGUCGCGCCUCGCCUCGUAGCUAGUUACCCUUCUUGUUCUCAAGGUCCGUGUAAAUAUUUCAAGAAAAUGCCGCACCAAUAUUGAGCAAUGGCAUCAAUAAAGUUCUUGUCUGUAUAGCUUAGUGAUAGUUUCUGUACAACCUUAUUCUGCAAAUGGUUUCCUCAAAUCAUCGAUGAACUGUAUGAGAAAAUGGUACCUAGACCCGUUCAAUUUGUGACUAAAAUGCUGGUUAUGUCACCACUGUUCAAUGCCUAUUUGGAUACGCUUUAGCAUUCCCAAAUUUCAGAUAAUUUAAUAUUUUGAGCACUUAAGCAUCUUAUUUGAAUAUUUGUGUAUGCUGUAGACAACACACGUGUAGUCUUAGUCCAUGGGUUACUCUAUUGGGCGUUUAGUUUGAUGAAUCACCUCAUCUAGAAUGGAAUGGUCCAUCAUUGGGUCAUCCCGUGAAAUUUAAUAGGAUGAAACUGUUCCUCAUUAUUAAGCUAUAAAGUAUAAACAUGAAAGUUUGUGAGGGAAACAUGGUGAUGGAUCAACCGAGUUCAUUCCAAAAUAGAACAAAUAUGUCAGUGCAAAGGUGCACAAUCAUUCCUCAAAGCAAACACCUCAUUAUUGUUUGCUAGUGUGAAUAUUUGUUUAGUGACAUUUAAAAUUGACUUGUGCAGGUAUUGAAUGAUGUACACGAUACUUGUUUCAUUGUGCAAGUUUUGCCUGAUUUUGUUUUGCUUCUUUAGGACACAUGCAGAUCAUUGUAUUGGAGAUAAGCUUUGCCUGAUUGCAGUAUGACCUCACAAGUAGUAUGUUUUAUGUCUGAAACUGAGAUCUAAUGUGCAUUGGUUGCUUUAUAGUGCCAAUGUUUUCUUAUGCCAAUUCUUUGUAAGUCAGUUUUAAUUUCCGUUUCUGCACUUUUACCUGAUCUUAGAUGAAUAUUUGUAAAUACUUGCCACCUGCUAGAUGAAUAGGAUGCCGACUCACCAUAUCUUAGACAAAUGGGUAUUAAGCGUCUUUGUCCAGCUCCAUCAAUUUGCCUCCAAACACAUAUGACUUGUUUGGUACAUUGUUUCAAUGCUCUAGCAUGGUACUGGUAUUCUGGAACAAGUAUUUAUGCCUCUGGUAGCAGAGGCCUUAAAGUGAGGUUUCUAGUAUUUGCUGCCUAAUGUUAAUAUAUCAAUUGAAAGUAACCAGCUAUGAAAUUAUCAUCACUGGCAGUUUUGCCAGUUAGGACCAUCAUUUGGUUAAGCACUUAAGCUAUUAGUAGGAGCAACUAUUACUUCUAUGGUUCUACCGUAAUCGAGCAAAUAGUCCUGUAUUAUCCCUUACUAAAUUGUGGGUGAAAAAAUAUAUUUUCAGAACCAGCAACUUCAAUAGGAUUGUGCCAUUAUCCUCUGAGCUGCACAUGGUGGGUCCUACUGCAUUAGCACACUGUUGCCUUGGUUGUAACAAAUCACAAACAUAAUAUAGAUCAUUACAUUUAGUCAUUAUAUGUCCAAUGGAUCAUCAAGCCACGGAUUCUGAUAAAUCACAUGGGUAGAUCUGUGCACAGGUGAUCUAUCUUCCUUCAUAGAGGAUCCUUAGUGGAACUUGCACAUGCACGCACAAAUUAACCUUGAGAAAAUUCUCCAAAAUUGAAGCAGUAGAACCUACCACUACCGCUACAAUCUUUUGAAGCACCAAAGAUAUUUGCAUGCUGUUUUUCAUUGAUAGUACAGAAGGUUUUUGGUACUAUAAGCCCAAUACUCAUACAUCUCCCGCACAGGGAAAACACUUGUAUUGUAUGUUUACAUCAUGAUCAGAUGUAAUUGUGUAUGGGUGAGGGCAGAGGUUCGGUCUUCUUAAUAUAAUGCUCGGGGGCUGUUUACCCCCUGCAGGUUGAGUUUUUUUAAUUUAUGUGUGUUAAGACUGAAGAAUUAUUUAUCAAGAAACUGGACCAGUUGUAGCAUGUAGAGAAACUCCUGCUUUAUAUUAGUAGAGAUAGAGAUGUGGCCCAAAGCAGCAGGCAUUCAUAGUAGUGGAAACAUCGAAAUAAUAUGUACACUGGAUACUGGUGGUCCAAUGUAAGUUCAACCUGUGCUCUACAGUCUUAUACUAUGUAAAUAAUGAAGUCUGUUGGUUAGCAUCAGGAACUUGUCACAGUCAUAAAGAACAGAUCUUUACAGUUCUUCCAUGUGGCAUGUGAACAGCGCACUGCUGGGUUAGGUGAUGGUCUCCAAAAGUGCACCCAAAGGUCCCGAUAUUCACAUAGUAGAUUCAUUGAUUGAAUGGCCCUACUUUGGAAUAAAGCCCUCUGGGGUUCAUGUAGCUUCCAGUCUGGCAGUUGCACAUACAGGUGAUACAAGUUUACAGCUGAUCUCGCUGAAGUAGCCUUCAUGAGUUUGUGUUGUUUUCUUCUGGUUGAGCCUUAAGGCAUCUUUGGGAAGCAUGAGAUGGGCUAGCAAGUGGCUGAGGCAGUGCGAAACAGAACAAAACCAAGACGACGAGUGGCCAGUUGGGCGUUAGGUGCUGGUGAGCGACUCGAAAACGUUAGCAGCAGCAUCCUGUGGGCAGCUGCGCCCUCGUGUAUCCGACUUGGACUCCAAUUCCCCCCAAGGAAUCGUGUCGCCAGCAGUCAGCAGAAACCAUGUCGCCAGCAGUGACGCUUCAGUGUUAACCCCUCUUGGAAUUGACGUGCUACCAAAAGCUUUUAGUUGGCAAUGAAUAACGAAAGGUGAUGCAUGAAAGAUGUCGCACGUUGGGUUAGCAUCUGCAUGAAAUUGGCUGGGCACCGACCAAUUAAGAUUGUAGCACCCUGUUGUAUACUUUUUAUGGAGAACAAGUUUCUUGACACUGUUGACAGAGAUAUGCUAUCCAAGUCCCGGCGAGACAUAUGAACAGAAUAGUUUGAAGUACGCUUGAGCUCUUUAGCUUACAGUUUCGGUUUGCC